UGCUUUCACUAGCUAUUGAGAAUCAUGUCUGACAACGGAGAACUGGAAGACAAGCCACCAGCUCCUCCUGUCCGGAUGAGCAGCACUAUCUUUAGUUCAGGGGUCAAAGAUCAGCUGUCUGCCAACCACAGCUUGAAACCCCUGCCCUCUGUACCAGAAGAGAGAAAACCUAGGAGUAAAAUCAUCUCCAUAUUCUCUGGCACUGAAAAAGGAAGCAGGAAGAAAGAAAAGGAAAGGCCAGAAAUCUCCCCUCCAUCAGAUUUUGAACAUACCAUUCAUGUUGGCUUUGAUGCGGUUACUGGAGAAUUUACUGGAAUGCCAGAGCAAUGGGCUCGAUUGCUACAAACCUCAAAUAUCACCAAGUUAGAACAGAAGAAAAACCCUCAGGCGGUACUGGAUGUGCUGAAGUUCUAUGACUCCAAAGACACUGCAAAACAAAAGUAUCUGAGUUUCUCUGCUCCAGAAAAAGAUGGUUUCCCAUCAGGAACACCAACGACCAAUGCCAAAGGUUCAGAGCCAUCGACAGCUGUAGCUGACGACGACGACGACGACGAUGAAGAAGCUCCUCCUCCAGUUAUUGCUCCACGGCCAGAUCACACAAAAUCGAUUUAUACGCGGUCUGUAAUCGACCCCAUCCCUGCACCAGCUGGUGACUCUUCUGUUGACAGUUCAUCCAAAUCAGGUGAUAAACAGAAAAAGAAGACCAAAAUGUCAGAUGAAGAGAUCAUGGAAAAACUACGUACUAUUGUGAGCAUAGGAGAUCCCAAGAAAAAGUACACCAGAUAUGAAAAAAUUGGGCAGGGGGCUUCAGGUACCGUUUUCACAGCUAUUGAUGUGGCAACGGGGCAAGAGGUUGCUAUCAAACAGAUAAACCUGCAGAAACAGCCCAAGAAGGAGUUGAUUAUUAAUGAGAUCUUGGUAAUGAAGGAGCUAAAGAAUCCCAACAUAGUCAACUUCCUGGACAGUUACCUUGUAGGAGAUGAAUUGUUUGUGGUGAUGGAAUAUCUGGCUGGAGGCUCACUGACAGAUGUGGUCACAGAAACAUGUAUGGAUGAGGCACAGAUUGCUGCUGUUUGUAGAGAGUGCUUGCAAGCGCUUGAGUUCCUCCAUGCCAACCAGGUCAUCCACAGAGACAUUAAGAGUGACAAUGUGCUGUUAGGAAUGGAUGGAUCGGUUAAACUCACGGACUUUGGUUUCUGUGCUCAGAUUACCCCAGAGCAGAGCAAACGCAGCACUAUGGUUGGGACUCCUUACUGGAUGGCUCCUGAAGUGGUCACACGGAAAGCAUAUGGCCCAAAAGUGGAUAUCUGGUCUCUGGGAAUCAUGGCUAUUGAGAUGGUGGAAGGAGAACCCCCAUACCUCAAUGAAAACCCUCUGCGGGCUUUAUAUUUGAUAGCAACUAAUGGCACACCGGAGCUGCAAAACCCUGAGAAACUGUCCCCAAUAUUCCGGGAUUUCUUAAACCGAUGUUUGGAGAUGGACGUAGAAAAAAGGGGAUCAGCCAAAGAAUUGUUACAGCAUCCCUUCUUGAAAUUGGCCAAACCUCUGUCUAGCUUGACGCCACUGAUCCUAGCAGCCAAAGAAGCAAUGAAGAGUAACCGCUAACAGUAUUGCCAUGGCCUUCAUCUUUUUGUGGUGUUUUGUUUUGUUUGUUUUUUUACAAAUCUUUAUAAUAUAUGGAAUUGUUACACUUCUGGUGGGAGGGAAGGGGUUUGGGGAAAAAAAGUCUGCAAAAGGGAAGAAACUCUUAUCCAGAAGACACCCAAAAUAAAUUGUGGUGACUCUAAUGAACCCUUUCUGUGGUCCAGAAGGAGUUGAGGACUGAAUUACUGGCUUUUAUUUUAUUUUUUUUUUUCCCCUCCAGGCAGCCAAGGAAAGCCACUUUCUGUGCCCGGGGUUUUAAAGGUUUUCGAUGACUUUACUGUUACAGCUCCCAUUCAUUGUACCAUCCUGGGUACUUUCAAUACUUGAAUGACAGAUUCAAGCUUUCAGAGAGCAGGACUAAUUUUACCUGCUGAUGUCUUUUAUUCUCCUCUUCCUCCCCUCGACUCGUUGACUUUUAAAUCACUCUAGUAAGCCCCUCUAUGACUAGAUUAAUGGCAAGUGUGACAAAUGUGAAGGUACAUCUUGCCUUUCCUUCCUUUUAGAGAUUAGCUGUCACUGUACUGUAGAAUUAACAGCUUGACUACUUAAGAAAUCAUAAUGUGUUGAAAUGUUUCUUUCUUUUAAGAAAAGAAUGGAGAGAGGGGGAAGAGAAGUAUUCACUCUUUGUUAUAUGUCUGUGUUCUGUGGAUUUCUAAUCAAAGGUGUGACCUCUAGAAACUUCUUGAUGGGUCAGGUCUUUGGAUGUCAGGUUAUGGAUAUGUGGAGAGGGGUCAGAUAAAUUAUUUAUGAUCAAAUGAUCAGUUAAAGUCAGGGCAAGAAAAAAAUUCCAGUUGUCUUCCUAUCUGCUCUUUUUUUUCCAUUAGACUUGCCUGCCAGAAGCUUAUUGGAUAUUUUGCUUUGUGAGGUGGGUGGUUCAAAGACACGUGUCUGUACUCUGACUUGGGCUUUGAGAGUUAUGCUGGUGCCUUUGACUUUUUUAUUUUACGUUUCCCUUCUUUGUAUCAAAUACAUUUUUGUAUAUGUUGUAAUUUUUCCCCAAGCAAAUAAUGCAUCAGCCUAUGGAGUUGUCAGAAAUUAAGUAUUAGAGCUAUUUUUUGCAUUUUUAUAUAUGCUCCAUUUGUACUAAUGAAAUCAGAAGAACAAAUAAUCAGAUCUGAGGACACUGAAGAUGGAGAAUUUUUAAAAUAUAGUUCAAACAGAAGAUUACAAACACCUGGAAAUGGCCAAAAUGCUGUUCUGUGAAGACAAAGGUUGAGAGUGGAGAACAAUGCCGUCAGACGUUAAUGGGGCUUAUUUGACUGGCUAGUUCGAGGCUGAAGAGGCUUGAUAUGUUACACUGGUCCUUUCUCACUAAAGACAUUUUACCAGCUAGAAUCGCUGAAGUGAAAUAUUCACUGCAAGAAAAGAUGCCUCCCUCUAGGGGCAGUGAACAAUGUAAGUGGUUGAGUACUUAGGGUAUUGACAGAGGCAACUGUAGAGGAAUCCAUGGCCCCUGGCUUCUUUUAAUGCUGCAGUCCAUGCAUUUCAACCUCCAGAACAGUUUAAUGAAGAGCCAACUGUAAUUACAAUGUGCCAAAUGAUUCUGUGAAAGAACAGCCAUGAAUUGAGUGGGAAUCGACAUUUUGUUGUGUUCCCAGUGGGCAAAUGCUUGAAUGGGUAGGGUUAUGGCUGGGUAUGGACAGAGGGCCCCAAAUUAAAAUUUUUGUGCACUUUUGCAAACAGUGCUGGCAGAAGAUAAAGUUGAUUUUUAGAAAAUUUCAAUAUUCAUAUAUCGAGAGGAAAAAACUACAUUUUUGGGGACUGGUAGCCAAGAUAUGACAAAACUAACUUCCAGCUGUGAGUGGCCGGCCAGAACAGCUGAGCCUGUUUGUGCUUGUGAGGAAGGAGAAGUGAGGUAAGGGUCUCAGAGUCUCUCCUGCUGCUCACUAGCUGCUAGGAAAUUGCUUUGUACCAACAAGAUGCCUUAUUUUGUAAGGAACCGCAGUAUCAUGGUUCAGUUUGUUUUCUGGUAAACUCUUCUGCGGUAGGUACCUAAGUAAAUUGCUAACUGUACCAUUAAAGGAAUAAAUAUCCCUCUAGCUAUAAGCAUGAGAAUGUUCAUGAUUUUUAAAUUCAAGAAAGUGUUGCUUUCCAGGCAAAUAAUUCUAGAUGCGCUUCCCAGGCAAAACACAUUAAGGACGCUUUAAACACUAUAAUGGCAAUACCCCCACGGUUUGAAUGCAUCUGGCUUCCUGAUGAAAAGGAAGCAACAAGGAGGCUUGGCUAAGAUUAAAAAAAACCUUUCUGAUUGAUGGUUCCCUCACUGUCCGUUGCUGGCAAUGGACUUUUUGAAACUCCUGCCAGAGUUAAACUGGGAGCUGCUCUCCUGAUUUCCCCCCC